AUGGAGUCAAAUGAAAUAAAGGAGAAACAAGAGUCUGUUCAGAAUGAAGGCUUCAUUGGGCAGAUCCAGCUCAAGGGUCUAAGUUUCCAAGUCGAGGGGGGACGGCAAAUGACAAAAUUGCAGACCAUCUCUGCCAGCUGGGUUAUCUGUGAUAGCUGGGCUGGCGUGGCUGGAACCAUUGCUCUCGCCAUCUCUCAGGGAGGCCCUACGACUCUGGUAUAUGGACCCAUUUUGAUGUUCUUUCUUGUCGGUGCUUGUGCUCUUACGCUGGCUGAGCUCGCAAGCGUGUAUCCUACAGCCGGUGGGCAGUAUCAUUGGACCUCAAUUCUGGCCCCUAGGAGUAUCAACAGAUCCUUGAGCUACUGUUGCGGCAUGACAAAUGUAUUUUCUUGGAUUGCCAUCUGCACAGGAAUCGCUAUCAUUCCCGCACAGCUGAUUGUGGGAAUCGCCUUGUUCUAUAAUCCAGACUACACACCCAAGCCAUGGCACUAUUUCCUCAUCUAUCAGGCCAUCAACGGCUGUGUCCUCCUUUACAACAUUACAUUGUUGAAGCGAUCACUCUGGAUUCAUGACUUGUCUUUCUUCGUGACAAUUGCCACAUUCUUUAUUAUCACCAUCACCUGUGUCGCCCGCUCGUCUUCCAACUAUCAGUCUUCGAGUAGUGUCUGGGCGACCUUCAUCAAUGACAGUGGCUGGAGCUCAGGUGGCAUCGCUUUCCUCACUGGUUUGGUCACGCCAAAUUAUAUGUACGCCGGUAUCGAUGGAGCCCUGCACUUGGCCGAAGAGUGCGUUAACGCGAGCACUGUUGUACCUCGGGCUCUUAUGAGCACUCUGAUCAUUGGAUUCGUCACGUCUUUCUUUUUCGUCAUUGCCAUGCUUUACUGUACCAGUGAUUUAGCUACGAUCGCUACCUCGAAUACCGGAGUGCCGAUCUACGAGAUGUGGUACGAAGCUACUAGGUCUCAAACAGCCGCCACAGUAUUCGUAGUUCUGCUCUGCUGUGCGGCAGUCUUCGCCUUGAUCGGUGCCCAGCAAACUGCCUCUCGCCUCACAUGGUCGCUAGCUCGAGACCGCGCCAUCCUCGGGAGCCACUGGUUGAGUGAAAUACACCCCAUGCUCGAAGUUCCCGUGUGGAGUUUGAUGUUCAACUUUGUCGUGAUGUUCAUUAUUGGCUGCAUUUAUCUGGGCUCUUCCUCUGCAUUCAAUGCAUUCAUCGGCAGCGGACUGGUGUUGCAGCAUAUCUCAUACGCAUUUCCAGCUGCACUAUUAAUGUACCGAAGGAGAUCCGAAGAGUGGCUUCCUGCAUCUCGAUCAUUUCGAUUGCCGAGUUUCUUUGGCUGGACAGUCAAUGCCAUCACCAUUGGAUUUGCGUUGCUGGUUAUGAUAUUCUACGAUUUCCCAGCCGUGCUGCCAGUGACUGGAAGUAACAUGAAUUAUACCUCGGCAGUACUCGGAGUGAUGGCGAUAUUUGGUGGGUUGAACUGGGUGAUUUAUGCAAGACGGAGAUAUUCUGGUCCACGUCUGGGCCAGUCUCACGGAGGAGAAUGA